AAUGAAUCAAUCCAUAUCAUAAUAUAACCAGCUGUUUAUUUCUUUACGACAUAAUAAUAAGACAUUACCACUUUAUCCGCUAUGGUCACUUUGUACACUUUUCGCCUACAUUUUGUAAGGUUAAAAUUAGUAGACCACAUACCUAACCGGUAGCUUUAACUAGUCAUAUUUCGAAACUCUUAUAGGAUGCACGUUCAUUGCGCGUCUUCCGUUAAUUUAACAGAAAGAUAGUAGUUUUCCAUUUAGUACCUAUAUUAAAUAUAAAAGUCCCGUCAUUAUAGACUAAUUAUUAUCGUGUGUAAUAAAUACUUUAGUUACUCGAUGAAAAGUCGGUUUAAUUACGUGGUUUUGGCCACCGUUGCCUUCGUUUUCAUCGUUACUACGGCGAACGCGAAAAAUGUCCCGCAGAAUCCGGUGGCAAAGAAUCAGUCAAGUCCAGUCAAACCUAGUGCGAGAAUGUGGUAUAAUACAAUUACAUUUCUGGUUUCUCAUAUUGAGGCCCCAGAAAAGUCCACUACCGUCACCAAGGCAAAGAACAUUUUGGUCACGUCUACGGUGAGUACCACUAUGGUAGAGUCUACGUCCGUCGCGACGACACCUGUUAAGGUAUUCGUACCGGUCAACAAUAACAAGGCGACAUCGCCUGUCAAGGGAACGGCCAACACCGCCACCGCGACGAUGUCUAUUGAGGGUACUACCGCCACACAGGCGGUGAAAAUAUCCAACGUCGAAAAGGUAAUCGAAAACCAGAAUAAUGAAAAUCAAAUUUCGAUCAAAAGAUAUGUCAACACAAAUCAACAAACGGCGAUCAUCAAACCUGGAAGCAGAACAUGUUGUCAGUAGGGAGAGGAACAGUUGAAGACACGUUUUUGUUUUUAUGGCAAGGAUUCGUUGCUAAAAUCCCGGGGGGUCACCCAUCCGGGAACUAGCAACGCCGGCCGUUUCGUACACUAAGUGCGUUUCUGCAGUUAAGUGUACGCACUACGCCACACCAAGUACUGUAUACCUAUUUGUAAAAAAUUGUAAAGUAAUUACUAAUUAUAUGUAUUUACUAUUUAAUAUGUUAGAGACAUAUCAUAUUUUCCACUGUAGUAUAUUUCUACAUUUACAAUUAAAUAAAUAAGUUAUGUCUGUUAAGGCAAUUUUAUUUU